UCACGUGUGAAUGCUGAGGCAUUCUGUACGAAUGCAGCUCCUUUUUGUGAUUGACAAAAUGACACCUAUCUAGCGAGAUCACCUUGAGAUCACCAGCAGUGGGCUGCGUUGUCGCCUCCCGGCUAGAAGACUGUCGGUUCGAAUCCAGGUUCACGUGAUCUGCCUCAGCAAAAGCUCUGGACAUUGAGCGCUGGAACCUUGAGUGCGAGUUCAACAACACCGACCAUCGUACCGAUCUCAACGGCGUCGAUCAGCUGAUCGUGAGGAGGGGCCAACCUUUCACAAUCAGCUUUUACCUGCGCUCCGGACACUUUCAACCAGGAGUCAGCUCGCUUGAAUUUGUUGCAGAAACAGGUCCUCAACCCUCUGAGGAGUAUGGCACCAGGGCCUCCUUUGGUCUGUCUGCCAACACCGACACUUCCCACUGGAGUGCCGCCGUCAUUAGCCCCCCUGGAGACAUGGUGGCCCUGUCCGUCUGCUCUGCCCCUGAUGCCCCAAUAGGCCGCUACACCCUAACCCUGGGGCGGUCAGAGCGGAUUGAGUUCAUCCUGCUCUUUAACCCCUGGUGCCCAGGUGAUGCCGUGUACAUGGACAAUGAGCAGAGUUUGGAAGAGUAUGUCUUAUCUCAGGAUGGAAUCAUCUUUCGAGGCAGCGUCGGACGUCCCAUAUCUACUCCCUGGAACUUUGGCCAGUUUGAAAGCGGAAUCCUUGAUACCUGUCUGAGGAUUCUGGACAUGAAUCCUAAAUGUCUGAAGAAUCCUGGCAAAGACUGCUCAGGGAGAAGAAAUGCCAUCUAUGUGUCCAGAGUGCUGAGUGCUAUGGUGAAUUGUAAUGAUGACAAAGGGGUGUUGCUGGGGAAAUGGACAGAUGGUUAUGAAGGAGGUGUGAGCCCCAUGUUCUGGAGGGGCAGUGUGGAGAUUCUGCGCAACUGGGACACACAAGCCUGUCAGCCUGUGCGCUACGGACAGUGCUGGGUGUUUGCUGCAGUGGCCUGCUCAAUUUCCAGAGCACUUGGCAUUCCCUGCAGAGUCGUCACUAACUACGUGUCAGCACACGACACCAACAGCAACCUGGUGAUUGAACGCUACAUCAAUGAGAAAGCAGAGCCCAUUCAUUCCAAGGAAAUGAUAUGGAAUUAUCACUGCUGGGUGGAGAGCUGGAUGACCAGGCCUGACCUUCAAUCAGGUUUUAAUGGCUGGCAGGUCUGUGACCCUACACCCCAGGAGAAGAGUGAAGGAGUGUACUGCUGUGGCCCCAUCCCUGUCAGGGCCAUCAAGGAGGGGGAGCUCACUUUCAAGUAUGAUGCCCCGUUUGUCUUUGCGGAGGUCAACGCAGACACCAUCACCUACACGAAGAAAAACGAUGGCAGCAUAUCGAAAGUCAUUACCACUACAGCGGUAGGCCAAAAGAUCAGCACCAAGAGCGUGGGCAGUGACGCCAGAGAGGACAUCACUCAUCUCUACAAGUAUCCUGAAGGUUCUGAUGAAGAGCGGGACACUUUCAAGAAGGCCAACCACCAAAACAAGCUGCUGCAGAAGCAGCAGAAUCAGGGCCUGCACCUCACCAUCAAGGUGACGUCAGACAUGAGGAAGGGCUGCGACUUUGACGUGUUCGCCGUGGUUACCAACAACACGCAGAGCGAGAAGAAGUGCCGCUUGGUGUUCGGAUCCUGCGCCGUGUCCUACAGCGGGACUCUGGGAGGGAACUGUGGCUUCAAAGAUCUGCUCAAUGUUGAGCUCGCACCAGGAGCAGAGAGACGGGUUCCGCUCAGGUUGAACUACUCUAAGUACGGCAGCCUGCUCACUGAGGACAACUUAAUCCGUUUGGCGGCACUGUUGAUGGACACCGCAGAGACAAGGCUGGCAGUGAGAAACAUUGUGCUGGAUAAUCCUGAAAUCAAAGUCAGGAUCCUGGGUGAACCAAAGAUUAAUCGCAAACUGGCUGCAGAGAUCACCGUCCAGAACCCGCUGCCGGGGCGGCUGGAGAACUGCUGCUUCAGCAUCGAGGGGGCCAACCUCACCGGGGGCCGCGUCAUCUCUGAGAGGCUGGACUCCUCCGUGGAACCAGGGGAAGAUGCUAAAGUGAAAAUCUACUUCACUCCCACCCACACCGGGCUGAGAAAGCUGGUGGUCGACUUCGACAGCAGCACGCUGUGUCACGUCAAGGGCUACAGAAAUGUCAUCGUUGGAAAGUAGAGCUGCCCAUUACACAGCAGGAUUGUAUUACUCUUCAUAAUAUAAGUGUUUAUUCUUCAUCCUUUUUGCAAAGCAUGCUCUCUUGCUGUAUUUUGCCGACUACUAUUGAACAGUUACAGUAUAUCUGUUCUUAUUCAGAGUCAUCAUUUAAACAGGACCUGAUUUUACUAUUGAUUAAGGCUAAUGAAUGUGUUUUCAACAGAAUCUGUACGUUUUCAUCUCUUGCUAAGUGCUACAAUUAAAAGUCUAAUUAUAA